AUGUCCUCCCCCACGAGCGUCAUCAUCGCUGCUUUUACUGUUGGCGCUCUGGUCAACCGACGUCGAGCCAGACGCGGCGAUGAGGAGAAGCGGCUCACCUCUGCCGAGCAAUCUCCACCUCUCGAACCCUCCAGUCCAGAAUUGGAUGAUGCCGAAUACCUCGAACAGCGAUGUCACACACAAGAGCUUAACCUCUUCUCCCGCUUCCUUCGCGCCUUUCCGUUUCUCGUCGAGAUCUGGUACUGGAACUUGACGUAUUGGAUCUACCAACUGAUGCGUGCCUUUUCUGCGAGAAUGAUAGCGGGCAAUAAGGGCGUCUUCAUGCGUGCACAAUACCACGCCCUCUCUAUUCUCUCCUUCGAGCAGACUCUCGGCAUCGCCAUUGAGCAACCGCUACAGGCAUAUAUCCUCAAGAACCACCCCAACAUCAUGGCCGUCUUUGCUCGCAUCUACUACUCCCACAUAUGUCUUGGUAUCGUUUUCCUCAUAUAUACUUACACCUACCUCACACCUUCUAUCUUUCAGCGUAUUCGCCGCACCAUCGCGCUCAACAACUACAUAGCAUUCGUCAUCUUGACAACCUGGCGCUGCAUGCCUCCACGUCUGCUCCCAGAGGAGUACGGGUUCAUUGACGUGCUUCAUGGUGGUUCUCAUGGCGGUUCUGCGUGGACUUCGAACCGCUUCCAACUUACCAUCGCCGCCAUGCCAUCACUUCACUUUGGCACUUCCCUGUUUCUCGCCGUCACUCUGGUGCGAUUCUCACCGCACAGGCCUCUACGUGUACUAGCCCCUUUCUGGCCCAUGGCCAUGCUGCUAACCAUCGUCUCGACCGCCAAUCACUUUCUCCUCGAUGCCGCCGUCGGUGCCUGUGUGCCCCUCGUAGGCUGGCGCUACAACCGGGCCAUGCUUCGGUUGAAACCCAUACAGGACUGCGUGCUUCGUUGCUUGAAUAUCGAAUACCCAGAUGACCCCUAUGGUCGUGAAAUCGGUCAGCCGCGAAAGGGGAUCUUGACACCAAGCCGCGGACCCGGUCGCUUCGUGGAUUAG